UGAUUUGGUGAUAGCUAACCACGUAUGUAUGAUGUGUAUAUCCUGUAGUUAUUUGAUUCAGUAGAAUAUACAGGACGAUAUAAUUACCUGUGACAGCUGGUAUUGACUGGCCGGCUCCCAAGGCUGAUAGUACUGAAGGACACACAAACAGACUGUCCACGGGACAACUGGGUACCACGGGCUGAUCAGCAAUCGAGUUACCGACAUGCGGAGUUUGUUAUAGUGGAACUGUUAGACUAACACGUACCCUCCCGCCGUACAUCCGGGUGCUUGUACAAGGUGUACCCAUUAUGGAGAAGGUAGCUGAGCUUCGACUACGUAUGUCAGAAGUUCCACCCUUAGAGGACGAGGAGGACUUUUUCAACAAUGAUCAGACAUUAGUGCGGUUUCUAAAAGCUCGUGAGUGGAAUGUGGAUGAUGCAGAAAUGCUAUUGAAAUCCACAGUUGAACACAGAAGAAGUACCAAACCACUUCAUAUGGACUGUCACUGGUGUCAUGAACGGCCUGGGCACCAUUCAAUGAGACAAGUGGGAUUUGACGAGAGCGGCCGGCCCGUGAUCUACUCCAGCUUUGCUCAGGCGUCCACACACAAGAAUACCGUGGAGGACUCGGUCACUCACUGUACCUACCUCAUAGAGAACGCAAAACGGACCAUGGGGAUUGGUACCAGUACAUGGGUGUGGAUCAUCGACUGUUCAGGUAUGACACUGACAGCGUGUAACCCGAAGUUGGGUUACGGGGUAACUCAAGUGAUGUCCAACCAUUACCCGGAACGCCUCGGACUUGUUAUCUGUCUCAACCAUAACCCGGUAUUCCAAGGUGUCUGGAAAGCCAUCAAAGUCUUUCUCCAUCCAAACACUGUGGCCAAAAUGAAACUUGUGCGCUCUAAAGACAAAUAUUUAAGAUUAUUUCAGACUUACUUCGAUGAUGAACUAACAAAUUGGCUGAUGGAAGAAAUACGGUUAAACAAGAGCAAACCUCUAUCAAAGACACAGAUUGAGUUUUGGAAUCCUCCAGAUGAGCAGAGUAAACAUGACCCUCGAGGAUGUUCCUCUUACAUCACAAAAUUCAUUGACUCCUUUGAUCGGUCACACUCUUCACUUACACACAGGCCACAUCCCAACAUUUUGGGCAGCCUGUCCGGAACUGUCCGGACAGUCAGCAUGUCUUCUGAGGAACAGCGCGAGCGGGAGGGACUACUUUCUGAGCAUUCUAACUUGGUCACUGACCAGGAAAAGACCGGUAACAUAAGUGAUGAGGACCAUGAUGACUCCGUUGUUGAACUAGAAAUCUCUCCAGAGUUCCGGAUUCCUGUAUCUGAGCAAUCUGCAUCGAAACUGUCAUAGUUUAGGUUUCGUCAUUAUCGGCUAAUUAUGUUUGAACUCUCUGUCUACGCAUGCGCAAUGCUCUGUGCUAGAUCGGGAUAAAUGUGUAAAGUAUUAAUAAAACGAUGAAAAUAUAUGGUCAUUGAAGUCAUA